GAAAUCGAUUCUUUGUAUCCGGCACCUCCCACAAAUCUCCCAGAAAAAGAACCCUCAUGGCCCCCGAUGCAAAGGCCGCGCAGUAUGCUACAGGUGCAGAGGUUCCAAGGGAAGGUUGUAGAAAGUUGGGUUGUCAUUGAACAUGGCGGAAAGCGACUCGCUUACACAUUUCAAUGUGGAUGCCCGCAGCUGUUGUUCAGUUCUGAAGGAACUGACUGGUUAUGUUUGCUUGGUGUUGUGCCGAGCAGAGUCCCAAAACAUCCAAGGAGGUGCGAGGUUUCGAAGACCCAAGCAACGCAGAGGCAGAUCUAUUGCUGGACGACAUAGAGGUGGGCUCUCACUGCAGCAAAACAUCUGUCGCAGCUCUUCCAGUUCUCUCAGAGGAUAAGGACCUCAAGGAGGAACUCCCGAUGACUCUCACAGAGAUGUCCCAGGAGAAGGUCCUUGCCGAAGAAUCCACCACAGAGGGCCACUCGGGGCCCAAGUUCUCCUGGGAGGCGAUGGCACCAGCGGUGAGGAAUGAACCCGUUGACUUCGUCAGGUUGGAGUUGCGCGCAGUCGACUCUCAUUGGAGAUUAGAGAGCAGCGAGAUCCAUAUGAAGAAAGAGCUCAGCAAAACUCUGAAGUCCACGCUGUACCUGGCAACAUGGAAGGGCACCGAGGUGGUGAUGAAAUGCGUGCAAAUUCCGGAGGAACCCAUUGGCAUAAAGUUUUCCUCUGAGUCGAUCACUGCCUCGCGGCCAAUGCAAGGGAACGACGUGGACGAGAAACUUCUUGAAGAGCUGUUGCACGAGAUCGAGCUGUUGUCUUCCUUGCGCCAUCCCGACCUAGUCCUGUUCAUCGGUGCAUGUUUGGACAAGGAUUCUCCGGUGAUGUGCAUCACCGAGUACAUGCCGGGAGGAGAUUUGGAGCGCUACUACAUGGCAAAGCGAAAUCAGAACCAGACCGACCGAUGGCGCCCUCCACUUCAGCAAAUCUUGGACUGGUGCUCUGCAGUUGCACGCGCCUUGAGUUUCCUCCACACUAGAGAUGAGCCCAUCGUGCACAGGGAUUUGAAGCCUUUGAAUUUGCUGCUGACGAAGCACCUGGAGGUGAAAAUUGCUGAUCUUGGAAUCAGCAAGAUGAUGGCCGCAGUCGCCAGUGACGUCUACAACAUGACGGGGGGCGUCGGGAGCUGGCUCUAUAUGGCUCCUGAAGUUGUUCGGCAUCAACACUACAACGAGAAAGUGGACAUCUACGCCUUUGCGCUGAUCAUGUUCUUCAUGAGCGCGGGGAAGGCACCCUUCCAUGAGAUGGGAAAAGAUCCGGAGCUUGUCUUGAAGGAGUAUGUCAAGGGCAAUGAGCCGAGGCCAUCCGAUUCUGAGUGCCACUCACAGCUGCGGCCAAUCAUGAAGGCAGCAUGGGCAGUGGACUACAAAGAAAGACCGUCAGCGGAAAGAAUGGUGGAACAGUUCCAGCAUGUCAAGGAGGACUACACACCAGGAGGCUCCUGUUUUUGCUCCAAGGCUUGAUACUUGCUUCAGGCCGAUGCCAAGAGUCAGCCAGAUAGGCUGGAAGCUGGAAGCUUUUUGCCGCCGACCUUACUCAACCCCACCACUUUUGGCCCUAAACCUCAUAGAGCUUCCAGCCUAGGCAGAGGGGGCCCGUUCAUGGGGUCUUGGAGAUUUUGGGAUCGGGCGUUCGGAGGCGCCAAAUGCAGCAGGUUUUUGAAGGGGCCUUUGUAGGCAUCGGAGAUGCUGGCGAAGCUGCCCGGUUUUCUUGCGAGCUAAUUUUAAAUCGCAAACAACUCCAUUUGUCCUUUCACCUGCAUAGAUCCACUUGAUUAGGUCGACUUCAGAGAAGCAAUUGAGUUGGCGUUUUCCGUGGUUUGCCAUGAAAUGUUGGUGAAUCAGAAAGCUUUUGAACUGCUUGGCAUAAUCCAGGCAGCAAUCGCAGAGAUGGGAAUUGGUCAGAACCUCAUUUGGGCUCAGC